AUGUCCACCACGACACUCACAACCCCCGCCCCAGCCCAGGUGGUAGUAACACCAACUGAGCACGAAGACAAGGGCAAGAAACCCAUCACUCCAGCUCUCGAAGAUAAGACCUUCCAGGCCGUCGCGCGCGGCAACCGCGCUGGAACCCUCAAGCUCCGCGGCAUCCCGACCUUCACCGACCCCUACGCCGAGCGCCAAUGGAUCAAGGAGCACAUGGCCGCUGCGUUCCGGGUUUUCGGGAAGCAAGGGUUUAACGAGGGGAUUAGCGGACAUAUCUCUGUGAGAGACCCCGUCCUAAAAGACCACUUCUGGAUCAACCCCUUCGGCAAGCACUUCUCCGCCAUGAAGGCAUCUGACCUUGUUCUCGUUGAUGCGGACGGGUACGUGACUGAGGGUGGUGCCCAGCAGCCCGUCAACGAGGCGGGCUUCAUGAUCCAUUCGGAGAUCCACAAGGCGCGGCCGGAUGUCAUGGCGGCGGCGCACACGCAUGGCGUUUACGGGAAGGCGUGGAGUGCGUUUGGCAAGCCUAUUGAGAUGAUUACUCAAGAUGCCUGCAACUUCUACGGCAAGUUAAGCGUCUACGAAGAGCACGGUGGUGUUGCGCUCGCGCAGGAUGAAGGGAGAGCUAUCGCUGCCGCGCUGGGGAAGGACAAUAUUGCUUGCAUUUUGCAGAACCAUGGCCUCAUCACAGUCGGCUCAACCGUCGACGAAGCCGCUUGGCUCUUCGUCAGUCUUGACUCCGCCUGCCACGCGCAACUGAUGGCCGAGGCUGCGGCUGCCAAUGGCGUCCCCAAGAAGAUCAUCCCCGACAAUAUCGCGCAGUAUACGGCUGAUGCGGCGCAGAAUGCGCAUAACUUCUACACCGAGUUCCAGCCUGAGUUUGAUCUUGUCGUUGAGGAGAGUAAUGGCCGAGUUCUGCAGUGA